UGAUGUUGAGAAGAUGAUUUUUACUCAGGAAUUACUCAAAAUCAUAUAUUUCCAUUUGUUGUGCAUUUCCAGUGUUUCAACUUCAAUUAAUCUUGCGGAAGGUAGAGAGACCAGGCAAAGUUCUACACUCCAAAGAAAUGAGAGUGGUUUGGCUGUAGACGGUAUAUACACGACAUGUGCUAGUACAAACCAACAAGAUGAAAGAAAUCUAUUUUGGCAACUAACACUUGCUGAAAACGCCAGCAUCACACACAUACGCUAUGCAUACUACUAUGAUGAUCAAGAUGUCAAGUAUUUACUAAAUACCAGAAUAUAUGUAUCCAGCUCAAAGGGACUUACUUCUGGACAGCUGUGUUAUACGGAAACCAGAAAUCCGAAUGAAAUUGAUCCAAUUCAAAACAAAGUAUUUUGUUUUACACAAGGAACAUAUCUCACGUAUUAUAAUCCAGAUCGUCGUAUGAACAUCAAACUGUGUGAGGUAGAAGUAUAUGGCUGCCCGAUUGGUCGAUAUGGAGAUGAAUGUUCCGACAAAUGCAGUUCUAACUGCCUCACCCAGCCUUGUGAACCAGAUUUUGGACGAUGUACUGACGGAUGCAAAUCGGGAUUUUCAGGAGAGAGAUGUACAUCUCAAUGUGGUCUUGGGGUUUACGGACCAAACUGUGUAUUGACAUGCAGUGUAAACUGUCUAAACAAUGACUGUGAUAGUGUAAAUGGAACAUGUAAAAAUUGUGUCGAUGGAUUUAUGGGAGCAAUGUGUGAUUUCAUGGGACAAGUAACAGAUUCGACUGUUUUAAUAGAUCAGUACACAGCUAAUACAUCACAAACAAAGUACUGGAUUGUCAUAGCUGUCCUGGCAUUGGCUCUGAUACUACUUAUUGUUAUAAUAACUUACUUCAAGUUUGGGUCUAGUAGAAUUAGAGUAAAGAAGGAAAAAAUAUCAUCAAAGUUAAGUCAUGUGUCUUACGAAAACUCUCCUCGUCUUACGCCGCCACAAAACAACACCGUAGAUUACGAUUCUGUCCAGUACGAAACAUUCCAGGAAAAGGGAAACAGAAAAUCAAAUAUGUAUGACUUACCAGUGACUAGUAUGCCAUCACAGCAGGUUGUGAAUGCAACAGCAGUAACUAAAACAGGCUUUCACAAUAGUAAACAGGGUGUCAACAAACCACCGACACCUAAGAAGCCCAUUAAACCUCCAAAGAGUUUAGUAAAAGAAUUUAGCGGAGCAUAUGAGGGUCUACAGAGUACAGAACACAAGCAUUUUUACGAUUCUUUGAAUCAGUGACUUAUAUUUAUAUUUAUAUGCCAUUUAAUGCAGACCCUUAUUUAUCAUUUUAAGUUAUGUAGAGAUAAGAUUUUUAAAUGAUUAUUGAUGUUUUAAUAAAAGCAAAAACAAUCAAUCGAUUAAA